GCACCAAGUAAAAAGCAAAAGGAGAAGGAGAAAGAGGAGGAGGAGGAGGGAGGAAGAGCCGUAUGUUUUCGCAGGCGGAGCUUCUUCCUCCCGUACCGUUGGAAUUCGCUGCGUGUAUUUUCUCGGCAUAUUUUGCUGGAAAGAAAAAAAGGAGAAACAGCACAGAGGAAGAGGGGAAAGAAGAGCGCCUGUGCAGGCAGAUGUGAGCUGAAGGAACCCGGUCGGUACCGUGAAUCCGCUACGAUGUGGCAGCCUGCGACUGAGAGACUGCAGCAUUUCCAGAACAUGUUGAAGUCAAAGCUGAAUGUUUUGACACUGCGCAAAGACUCGUUACCGAGUGUCAUCUUCCAUGAACCAGAGGCCAUCGAGCUAUGCUCCACAACACACACCACUAAACCACGCACACACACUGGCUAUAAGGUGACCUAUCUAGGGAAAGUUACAAUCCCUGGCUCUAAGUUCCUCUCAGGCUGCACCGAGUCUGCCGUCGUGGCUUUAUGGGAUACAAAGUGCUCGUCAAUCGCCAUGGAUGCCUUGCUGGAGAUUCGGCCCUUCCAGGUGCGUCUGCACCACUUGGAUGGGCAGAGUGAGGCACCAGACUCAAUGGAGACAUUCCAGGUGGCACGGAUUGCAUACUGCACGGCGGAUCAUGAGGUGAGCCCGAAGGUGUUUGCGUUCAUCUACCGUCAGAUCAACGAGGACCUGACGUUCCAGAUGGACUGCCAUGCCGUGGAGUGUGAGAGUAAGCGCACUGCCAAGAUGCUCGCUCACGCCAUGAUGGAUGCCUUCACCAAGACCUUCCACUCCAUGAGGACCGACGGGCGCAUCCACCAAUCAGGACGCGAGAUUCCUGAAGACUCAAAUGCAAAUCCUGAUGAUGGCUGAGGCUGAGGGCUGAGGGGGUGGGACCUGUAGGGGGAAUGUGUGAUCCCAUCUCUGUUUCAGUCUUUGGUGGGAUAAUAAAGAAAAUCAAAAUGUUCUCUUAGCUUACGGCUAAUAAAUAAAUGCAUUUCUGCAGCCAUAUUGCUCACAAAUCUUGUUAUUGUUCUAGAAUGUUGCAAUGAAAAAUUGAUCUAGAACAUGUAUUAGGACAUCACAAUGGGCUGUUCUCAACUGCUGCAGUAGUAUAUUGUUUCAGAAUGUUGCUGUGGUUGUUCUACAAUAUUGUGAUCCAGGUGUGUUCUAGAAUACUGUUAUAGAAUACUGCAUUUAGACUAUUGGCGAACAUUGUAAUAGAGGUUCUGGAAUAUUGGAUUAGGGCAUGAUCGAUCAUUGCUCAUCUCAUGGUGGAAUGUGGUGUUGGAUGAAACAUUGUUCUUAAUUAUUAUAAGCCUUGCUCUAGAACAUCACAGUGAAAAACGUCUGUACAAUAUCUCAACCCUUGUUAUAGAACAUAAAUUAAGGUACUUAAUUUUUAGGUACUUGUUAUAGUACCUAAAUUAUUUUUUAAAAAGUCAGAUUGUUUUACAUUAUUUUUGAACAAUGUUCUUGAAUGCCUUGAUGUAAUGUUGCUUUAGAACAGUGUACACAUUAUUCUAGAACAAUGCAAGCUUUUUAUGGAGCGUCAGAUAUGGGGAGCGUUGUUCUAGAACUUAGCAAAGAUUCUUUCCGAAUGUUGCAUCAUGAUGCACCAUUUGUUUUAGAAUGUGAUGGAAUGUUGUUGAUAGAAUGUUGCUAGCAUGCUUCUGGUUCAUCGUGAUGGAACUUCGUUCCAAGGAGAUGGUGGCGGACAUGUAUGUUAAAACAUUAAGGAAUAUUGCAGGCAUUUUUAAUGCAGGCAUUUUUAAUGGAUCAUCAAACAUUGUGCCAUUGUUUUAGAACAUUGUUAUGAAACAUUGUCCAGGAUUUUACAUCAAGGUACAGCAUUUAGAGAAUAUUGUGAUGGAAUGUUGCAUACACUGUUCUAUGUUUACCUAUGUUAGUGUUGACUAGGCCUAUGGCUGCAGAGCAUCGUCUUCAGUCCAGGAAACUCACUUAUUUUCAUGUCAUGUCACUUAACUAGCUAAAUACUUUGUUAUACUUCAAGCUAAGUUACAUUAGUUCUCAGUUUUUAGCCUAGUUAACACUGUCCCACCAGGAUUUUGCGAUUUUGCAAAUGCAGAAAUUAAUGCAAAAUCAAGCUAACCACAAUAUUUAAAGGAGCUUGCAAUUUUUCAAAAUUAUUGCAGAUUUUGUGCAAAUUUGGUCCAAAACGUUUCACGUCAUCUCACUGCGCAUUCAGCCAAAGCCCCCUUCGAUUCACGUGUGUUGAACAUGAGUACAGCUAAAAGGUCUCAUUUACCAACAAACAUCACCGUGAAAGACACACUAAAAACAAUUUCGUGCAAUUCAAGUAGUUUUCUGAACCAAAUACCCCCCCCCCCCCCCCCCCCCCCCACACACACACACACAAAAACCUCGUGAUUGCAUCACAGAUUUUUAGAAAAGCCGCAACAAAUUCAAGCAUUUUUGGCCACAACAAUCACAAAACAAAAACGCAAAAUCCUGUAUGGGCUGUUAAUAACUUUCUGGACAACCAAAAACACAUAACUGGGCCAGCUUAUGUGUUUAUGAUUUGUUCUCCCUGUUGGAUUUUAUAUUCAGAGUAUUCUGAAUAUUGUGAGAAUUCGUCCAGUACAUGGAAUGUUCUUCUGGAACAUUAUGUACAUCUUUCUCCAACAUGGUGAUGAAAAUUGGUAUUGAAUACUGUUUUAGGAUAGAUCAACAGAGCUUUGUACAACCCCAAUUCCGAAAAAGUUGGGACAGUAUGCAGAAAAUGCAAAAACCAAAACAACAACAACAACAAAAACUCAUUUGGAAAAUUAAAUUCACCCUGUACUAUAUUGAAAACACAUUAUUACCACAUUAUUUGAUGUUUUACAUUGUGAAUUUAAUUUAUUUUUGAAAAUAUUCACUCUUGUUAAAUCUGAUGAAUGUAACACACUCCAAAAAAGUGGGGACAGUCGACUGUUUACCACUGUGUAGCAUCAUCUUUUCUUUCAGUAACACUUAUUAAGCGUUUGGGCGCUGAGUGAAGAUACCAGUUGGUGAAGUUUAGCAAGUGCAAUUUUCCCUCAUUCAUCCAUUAUGCAUUUCUUCAGCUGCGCAGCUGUACAGGACUUUCUUGCCUUAUUUUGCGCUUCAUAAUGCACCACACAUUCUCAGUCAGAGACAGGUCAGGACUGCAGGCAGGCCAUGCUAGCACCCACACGCUCUGCUUAUGCAACCAUGCGCUUGUAAUCCGGGCAGAAUGUGGUUUGGCGUUGUCCUGCUCUGGAUGGCAGCAUAUGUUGCUCCAAAAUGUGUACAUAUCUUUCUGCAUUCAUGCUGCCCUCACAGAUGUGCAAGUUACCCAUGCCAUGGGCACUGACACGCCCCCAUACCAGGACAGACGCUGGCUUUUGGACCUGAUGCUGAUAACAGCUUGGAUGGUCCUUUUCCUCUUUAGCCUGAGAACACGAUGGCUGUUUUGUCCAAAAUUGUCAGAUGAGACCGAGCCCAGAAAAGUCUGCGGUGUUUCUGGACAGUUUUGAUGUAUGACUUUUGCUUUGCAUAGUAAAGCAUUAACUUGCAUCUGUGCAUGCAGCAGCUAAUGGUGUUGACUGAUAAAGGUUUACCAAAGUAUUCAUGAGUUCAUGUCGGGAUAUCCAUUACAGACUCAUGACAGUUUUUAAGACAGUGACGUCUGAGGGAUCGGAGAUCACGCUCAUUCGGAAGUGGUUUUCGGCCUUGCCCCUUUGCACGCCGAGAUUUGACUGGAUUCCUUGAAUCUUUUAAUUAUAUUGUGCACUGUAGAGGGUGAAAUGCCCAAAAUCCAAUCGAUUUGUCUUUGGGUAAUGUUGUUCUCAAAGUGUGGGAUUAUUCACUGACACAUCUGUUGGCAGAUUGUUGAGCCUCGGCCCAUCCUUGCUCUUGAAGGACUAGGCCUUUUUUGGAGGCUCCUUAUAUACUAUGAUUAGAUGAUUGCCUCACCUGUUUCACAUCACCUUCUUAUUUCAACUUGUCACAUCACUAAAUUAGGGUCCUAAAUUGCCCCUGUCCAAGCUUUUUUGGAACGUGUUGCUUGCAUCACUUUCAAAAUAAACGUUUAUCUUCAAAAAACUAUGCAGUUGAUUAGGUAAAACAUCAAAUAACUUGUCUUUACAUGUUUUUUGUUUAAAUACAAGUCAAAGUACAUUUACAAAUCACGCCACUUUGUUUUUAUUAGCAUUUUCCAUACUGUCCCAACUUUUUCGGAAAUAGGGUUGUAUAUUGGGAACGUUGUGACUGAACGUUCUGGAACAUUGUUUAAUCACAUCCCGAUAUGCUGCAUUAGAUGUGUUUUUAGAUGUUCAAGCAUUAUUCUAGAAGAACGAUGAAACGAUUCUGUAGUACAUAGAUGGAACAUUGUUGUGGGACUUUUGUUUAUCAGAUGAAUGGUGCGAUGGAAUGUUGUUGCAUAAUGUUAUUGGACAGUAGAAUUUUCAGAAUGAUCCCAUACCUUGUUCUGAAACAUUGUCGAAAGCUUGUUUGAGAUUGUUAGCUUGCUUUAGAAUACAAUUGUGCUGGGAUGUUCUAGAGCGUUGUACAGUGUGUUCUACAGUGUCACGAUAAAACGUGAUAAAAUGCCAAGAGGAACGUUGUUUUAUAACGUUGUGAAGAAAUAUAUUUUUCUAGUACUGCGAAUGUUGCGUACUGCAGACAUUCUUCUAAAAAAGAAUGGAAAGAAUGUUGGUCUAGAAUGACAAUGCAUUCUUGGAAAUUCUUGGACAUUGUGAAGGAAUAUAGUUGAGGAAACAAUAGCUCCUCCAUAUAUAGAAAGCCGCUGUGUGUUACAGUAACUGUACUGUAUGAGCUGGUGGGCUUUCCUGUCUUGCAUUCUCCUUAGCCAGUAAGAAUCUCUGGAAUUUAUUCCCUCUUUCACACAGUGUUCCCUGAGUAGCCGAAGUUCUUACCCAAUGUGUUUUUAAAAAAUGUUUUUAACAGUCAGAUAUGUGUGUGUGAGAGAGAGUGUGUAUUUGUUUAUGUGAGGGAGAGACAGAAUAAUAAAUCUUUACAGAACAGGUUUUUGACAACAGUAUUAGGUUAUGCUUUGUGUUGUGUUUUGUGCGUGUGUGUGUGUGUGUGUGUGUGUGUGUGUGUGUGUGUGUGUGUGUGUGUGUGUGUGUGUGUGUGUGUGUUUUUGUAGUUUAAAGUGAGUGACAGUUUUUUUUUCUUCUCAGUCACAUUAAUCGCUAUGUGUAAAUACUGUUUCUCCACUAUGCUGUGUUCAAUCGUAAAAGCUUUUGUUGUUUUAUUCUCUCUGCUUUGACCUGCCUGGCUGCAUCCCAAACGCAAGUGCAAGUGUAUGAUACAUGUGUCUUUAUUAUGAAUCAUUCUUGCAAGAACUGUUGUUUGGGAAGAAUUACACAAAGCCUGGUACUUAAUGGGCUAAUUUUUGAUCUACUUUAAUCAGCACACAAGAUAUAUAUGAGCUACAGCUUACGCACUGCAUCCACUGUGAGUCACACUGUAUGAACAACACAAUGAACAAGUUUGUGAGUUCCAGCCUUAGAGAUGACUGAGGUUCUUCUUGAGAACACUAGACUUGAGCUCUAGCAUUUGGGAUGAAGCCGUAGCAUGAGAGAGGAUCCAGUUCCUGUCUCUUUUUGAGCAGGGAACGUUUGAUAUCAUGCUGCACACUUUUUGUUUUACGGUACUUGUUGAUUGAUUCACGUGAUUUGUGGAUAUAUUUUCCUGUACAGUUGGAUGUGGAAUAUGUUCACACACACACACACACACACACACACACACACACACACACACACACACACACACCCACCCACACAGACACACUGCUCUAAAUGAAAAAAAAAAAACCCAACAGAUCAGAAACCGAGAGAAGAAGACAUCUAUAUAUAAAUAUGAAUAUAAAUUUAUCUAUACAGUGUAUUCAUGAAGCCUUUGUUUAUACAGAUGUAUCAGUUCUCUAUUAUUCCAGUCAAACGUUUAUAGACGUUUUUUGUUUAAUCACAUGAAGUCAGUAUUGUGAAGAAUGAGUGUGCUGUUGUUUUCUGUGAAUGUUCUCAGUUUCUGCCAUAGCAGCUUUAAAUGUCUGGUGUGAAUUUCUAUCAAAUAAAAGUCCUCACCUAGAAACUCCUUACCUGCACAGGAUAAGGUGUGUGUUGUGUUUCAGAAGGCUGUGUCAGUAUGCUUCAAAAAGGUUUUGUUUGCAUGAUGGAAUAUUCAUUCAUUCAUUUUCAGUAACCACUUUAUCCUGAGGGGACGCUGGAUGCAAGGCAGAACGUAGGAUGUUUAUCCUCAUAUGGCACCAUGUACAGUACACCAGAGUUUCCUUUAGCUGGUAAAUACCGGUUUUUGACCGUUAAGCAUUCAAACUGUCCGAUAAAAUUAAAUAUUGUUGGACACAAACUAUUAACACGAAGAAGACAUACGUUAGACAAAGUACGUUCGUAAUUGCACACCUAAAUAAGAUCUCUAUCUGUGCAAAAUCUGUUUUUCCAUGUUUCUCCUGUAACGUGUACUCCUCUGAUUUGCUCGCAUUAUAAACCCACCUUCAGUAGUGUGGGAAAAUAUAAGAUUUUUCUUAUUUUAAUAUUUCUCUGUCAAUGAAAAUAUAUGAGGCAAACUGCAGUUUAAUGUUUUGCUGCACCCUGUUUUUGUUUUGAACAACUGCCGUUUGUUAUUUUGAAUCAUGUGGAAAAGAAAAUAUAUGAAAUAAACUUUUAUCUUUCAUUUGA